AUGGGGCACGAGCACGGCACCAGUCAUGGCAGUUCCGCUGUCAAGGCAGAGGGCCUCGUCAAGGUGGAUCGUAGCUCGUCCGGUGCGGCCGACGUUGUUGAAGAGUUGUGGACAGGUCUUGGACUUCCACCAGAGGCCUUGUCGUGUCUUCAUCUCGAGGGCGACAGCGAACCUGCCCUGCCGUCAUCUUUUCGAAUCGGACUUCUUGCCCAAAGCUCAAUCGCCUUGUCUGCUCUUGCUGCUGCUCAGCUUCAUGCAUUGCGGAAUCAAGUCGAAGUUCCAUCAGUCCAAGUCCCUCUACAGCAUGCGAUCAUCGAGUUCAAAUCCGAAAGAUUGUACACCAUUGACAAACAGCCACGUCCUGCACCGCAGAAUCCGAUAGGAGGGCUUCACCAAACUGCUGACGGUCACAUUCGUGUCCACGACUCUUUCCCGAAUCAUUCUAAUGGCAUGCUGAAAUUGGUUGGGCUGCCCUUGGGAUCGACUCGGGAACAACUGGCCGAAGCGAUUGCCAAAUGGCGGAGUGCUGAGCUGGAGGACACCGCGACCGUCAAAGGCAAUCUUGCGGCAUAUGCUCUUCGGUCAUACAGUCAGUGGGACGCCUUACCACAAUCACAAGCGAUUCCAGACUCCCCGAUACUGCUUCAACCCUUAACCUCUGACAGUAGUCCAGGCUUUCUAGGACGGGGAACUAAAGGAUCAACCAAGUGUUUGAAAGGCCUUCGUGUGUUAGAGAUGAGUCGCGUGAUCGCAGCUCCUCUGUGCGGCAAGACGCUCGCCGCUCACGGCGCAGAUGUGAUCUGGAUCACGUCUCCGAACCUGCCGAAUUUGCCUGACAUUGACCGCGAAUUCAGUCGUGGCAAGCGGACACUCCAGCUCGACAUUCACGAACAUGCUGACAAGGCCCAACUCAUGGAGCUCAUAGAACACUGUGACGUUUUUGUUCAAGGCUUUCGACCGGGCAGCCUCGCGAGAUAUGGUCUAUCUCCUGAAGAACUCGUCAAGAUCAAUCCGGCUAUUGUGAUCGCUAAUAUGUCAGCCUUUGGACCAGCUGGGCCUUGGACAAAUCAACGUGGGUUCGACUCACUGGUACAGACCUGCUCAGGCAUGAAUGUAUCAGAAGCUGAGCACGCAGAUCAAGGUGAGCCGGCCCGUCCAAUGCCAUGUCAGGCUCUUGAUCACGCAAGCGGUUACCUGCUUGCAACUGGAGUCAUCGCAGCACUGUACCACCGUGCGAUUCAAGGUGGAGCAUGGCAAGUAGACGUCUCUCUGGCUGGCACGAUGAAGUAUCUGCGUAGUCUUGGACAGUACCCCGGAACCAGCGGCUUCCAAUGUGACGACUACAAGCAGCAAGCCCAUAUACCUGCCGAGUAUCUCGAGACCAGAGACACCGGCUUUGGACGCAUGACUGCAGUCAAACAUAGUGCCAAUAUCAGUGGAUGUGAGGUUGGUUGGGAUAUCAUGCCAAAGCCCUUGGGUUCAGAUUCGGCAGAAUGGCUAUGA